GGUUCAUUCAAUCUCCCAUACACACAGACCCACUGCGAGACCGACACACACUCACACACACUCACACACACAACUGAACGCACCGAGGCUCGGGAAGUCAGGUCGUCUCCUAGCCUCGGCGCCUCCUCCGCUCCAGCCAGGCGGGUCUCCUCUGGGGACCGGAGCUCGGCCGGGCAGCGCAGCCCCAAAAGAGGACCAGCUCCGCGGACCCCGGUUCCUCCAUGGGCAAACGCGGACGGCCGCGCAAGGAAGCGCGCUGUGAAGGCGCGGGGCUAGCCCCCGCCGCGCCCCCGGCCGUGGCCGCGCCCCAGCCCCCGGCCCAGCCCGAGGAACCCACGGGGGCCAAGCUCAGGUGCCCCUUCUCGGACAUUUUCAACACCAGCGAGAACUCGAUGGAGAAGCACAUCAACACUUUUCUGCAGAACGUGCAGAUUCUGCUCGAGGCCGCCAGCUACCUGGAGCAGAUCGAGAAAGAAAACAAAAAGUGUGAACAUGGCUAUGCCUCAACGUUCCCCUCCAUGCCGAGCCCCCGACUGCAGCAUUCAAAGCCCCCAAGGAGAUUGAGCCGAGCACAGAAACACAGCAACGGGAGCAGCAACACCAGCACUGCCAACAGGUCUACACACAAUGAGCUGGAAAAGAAUCGACGAGCUCAUCUGCGCCUCUGUUUAGAACGCUUAAAAGUUCUGAUUCCACUAGGACCAGACUGUACCAGGCACACAACACUUGGUUUGCUUAACAAAGCCAAAGCACACAUCAAGAAACUUGAAGAAGCUGAAAGGAGGAGCCAGCACCAGCUAGAGAACUUGGAACGAGAACAGAGAUUUUUAAAGCGGCGACUGGAACAGCUGCAGGGUCCUCAGGAGCUGGAACGAAUACGAAUGGACAGCAUUGGAUCGACUGUUUCUUCAGAUCGUUCUGAUUCAGAGCGAGAGGAGAUUGAAGUGGAUGUUGAAAGCACAGAGUUCUCCCAUGGAGAAGUGGACAAUAUCAGUACCACCAGCAUCAGUGACAUUGAUGACCACAGCAGCCUGCAGAGUAUUGGGAGUGACGAGGGUUACUCCAGUGCCAGUGUCAAACUUUCGUUCACUUCCUAGAACCCAGCAUGACAUAACAGUGCAGGGCAAAAUAUUCACUGGGCCAACUCAAUCCAAACAAUCUCUUAAAUUGGGUUCAUGAUGCAGUCUCCUCUUUAAAACUAAACAAAACUAUACUUGAACAAAAGGGUCAAAAGACCUCUAUUUAAGCAAAUACUUAGCAAAAAGUGGAGCAGAGCCUCCCCAGCAGAACAAAUACUCAUAAUAUUCAUAUUUGAAAAUCUGUUUCUAAUGGCAGCAGAAAACUUGGUGAAAUUUUCUUGAUUUAGUUUAUUUGAAAGAGGACAUUGGAGAUUCUGUCCUCUUUUUCUUCUGUAGUUUGCUCAUAAUACAAUGAGUAGACACAUUUAAGGAUGGGGUUAUGAACCCUUCCUGAGUUUUAUGGUCCUAAAAACAAAGUCAAACCUAUAGUAAUGAGAAGACAAGAUAAUCAGGCAUUAACUUGGAUAGCUAAAGAGCUAUUAAAACUCAGCCUGGGACAGCUUAUCAGGAAGCCUGUGGAUGAUCAAAUCUUGGG